AUGGUCCAUAUCAAGCCUUUUGCAGUUGAGCAGUGGAUGGAUGCAUAUGAGACGACUGCCAAAUUCAACAUCGCCGAGACGUGUGCUGCAUCCGUGUCUGUCAACGAAUUGCGUGAGCUAUCCGAGAACAAGAGUGCCGAGAUAGUAGACCUUUCGACUAUUCUCAACUAUGGCGAUAUCCGAGGCAGCGAAAAUCUGCGCUCCAAUCUCGCUAGGCUAUAUUCUUCUAGGUCAAGUAGUGCCUUGCCCAAGGAGAACAUCUUGAUCCAACCGGGGGCUAUUGCAUCGAACGCUCUGGUGCUCUAUACAUUGGUCGGCCCUGGUGAUCAUGUCAUCUGCCACUAUCCUACGUACCAACAACUGUACGACUAUCCGGCAUCCUUGGGGGCCGAAGUGGAGCUGUGGAAGGCUACGCCAGAGAGAAAUUGGGAACCUGACUUUGAGGAACUCAAGGGCAUGAUCAAGUCGAACACCAAGCUCAUCAUCUUGAACAACCCAAACAACCCUAGUGGCGCUGUCCUCAAGAAGUCACUACUGCAGAACAUCGUUGAACUGGCCAGAGAAAAGAACAUUACCAUUCUCUCAGACGAGGUGUACAGACCUCUGUUCCACGGCAUCACUCCAGCCGAGAAUGAGUUCCCUCCUUCUAUCUUGUCCAUGGGCUAUGAGAACACCAUCUGCACAGGUUCACUCUCAAAGGCUUACUCUUUGGCUGGCAUCAGGACUGGUUGGAUCGCAUCGCGCAAUCGAGAUAUCAUCGAGAAGUGUGCCGAAGCUCGUGAUUAUACCACCAUUAGUGUCAGUAUCUUGGACCAGCAAGUUGCUGCCUUCGCUCUCGAUCAAAACUGCAUACACAGCUUGCUAGGCAGGAACAUUGCUCUCGCACGCACCAAUCUAGAGCUGCUAGAGAGGUUUGUUAUCAAGCAUGACGAGUAUUGUACUUGGGUCAAGCCGGUGGCAGGCACGACUGCGUUCAUCAAGUUCAGUCGAGAUGGCAAGCCAGUCGACGCCAGAGAGUUUUGCAAGCAAUUGCAGGAGAAGUCGGGUGUCAUGUUUCUUCCGGGAGACUGUUUCGGCGAGGAGUUCAAGGGCUAUGUUAGAAUUGGUUAUGUGAACCGGACGGACGUCGUCAAGGAAGGCUUGGAGCAGGCACGACUUUUUAUGCGCAGGGAGUUUGACGAUAUUCCUCUUGCAAGCUGA